AUGACACAUUCAAAUACAAUAAUAUAAAAUUUAUUCAUAUCUCCACCACCAUGUAACCACAAAUCAUGUUUAAUAUCAAGCUUUAGAGGACUAAGAAAUGGAAUAUAUUACGGCGGAAAAGUGAGAUUAGUUCAUGCAAUAGUAAUGACAUUACUAUUCAAAAAAGGGACCAUAAUGCACAGAAUAAAGCACAUUUUAUAACUAACAUAUGAGCAUGCAAAAAAUUUGGGUUUAUAUGUAUUUUUAUAUAAAUCCCUAGUUUGCAUAUUGAAUAGAAUACGUUAAAAAUAAUCUAAAUUUCAUAAUUUUAUUUCUGGUUUUAUAUGCGGUAGUUAUAUAUUUGGAGAAAAAACAAGCAUUAAUCAAUAAAUUGUAUUGUAUUUAUUAUCCAGAGUUUUAUAUGGAGGAGCCUAAAGUCUUUCUAAAAAAGGAUAUUUGCCUUAAUGGAAAUUUUAUAGAAUCCUGGCUACUAUUUGUUGGGGUAUUGUUAUGUUUUUAUUUGAAGAUGAUUCAAGUACUCUAUAAAGUUCUUUAACAAGUUCAAUGGAAUUUUUAUAUAAAGAAUCUGAUAAAAAAAUAUAUUAUUGGACUUAACUUUUACCUUUUAAUGUUAAUCAUAGAAAAUGGUCGAAAUUCUUCGGAUUAAGAUAAAUUUUUUGAAUUUUUAUAUAUUUAAAUGUUGGAU